UCUUCUUCUUCUUCUUCUUCUUCUUCUUCUUCUUCUUCUUCUUCUUCUUCUUCUUCUUCUUCUUCUUCUUCCUCCUCCUCCUCCUCCUCCUCCUCCUCCUCCUCCUCCUCCUCCUCUUCCUCCUCCUCCUCCUCUCGGAGCUGAGGACCAAACCCAGGGCCUUGCGCUUGCUAGGCAAGCGCUCUACCACUGAGCUAAAUCCCCAACCCCCAGCCUCCUUUUCUAUAACUGUGAUAAAACGCCAACCAAAACCAGCAAGUGGAGGAAAAGGUUUAUUUGGCAUUAACUUCUGGAUUACAGUCCGUCCCUGAGGAAAGUUAAGCAAGAACCAGGAGGCAGGAACCACAGGGGAACACUGACUUGUUUCCUUCUGUCCACGGUCAGUCAGACAGCUUGCUUGUUCUCUCUCUCUCUCUCUCUCUCUCUCUCUCUCUCUCUCUCUCUUGUACUUUGUUUGUGUGUGGGUGUUUGGCUGGCAUGCGUAUGUCUCAGAUCUCCUGGAGCUAGACUUGCAGAGAGCUGUGAGCUACCUUGUGGCUGUGGGAAAUGAACUCAAGUCCUUUGGAAGAACAGUCUAUGCUUUUAACCACUGAGCUGGUUCUGCCAUCCCCAGCUUUCUAAUAGAACCUAGCUGACCGGCCCAGCAUAAUACCUCCUAAAGUGGUGUAGACUCUCCCACACAAAUCGUCAGUGACACAUAGGAUAAUAUGAUACAGGCUUUUCCUCACGUGAGCUUCCCUGUUCCAAAGUUUCUAGUUUGGGUCAAGUAAACAAAAACUAACACAGUUAGUUAUUCUUAGAAUAAGAGGCAAGUACAGCUUAUAUAGUUUCCAGUUUCUAUAAUAAUAACGAUGUGCAAUUAUCCUUGUUGUAAAGGUUCAAGGUCUUGAAGGAAAAAAAUUAACCAUUGAUUGGAAACAAUAGCUGAUGAAACAGUUGGGAAAUGUGUAAAGUCCGGGAUUAGUAGGAAAAAGUGUUUGCCUAGAGGGCCAGAAGACGAGCUCAAUGCAAAAAGGAAUGCCUAUGACGUCAUUUGCCUAUUUUUACACCAGUACGGAAUGCAGGUAAAGGGUCACACAGCCCAUGAGGCAUUAAAUUCACUGGACAUGGGACUUACGUGUAGGCUAAGCACGCGCAGACAGCACACAAAACAGCAUGAUGCACAUUUUUGAAAGAACAGUCCUAAGAUUAGUAACAAGUGUCUAUUACUCCACGACGCGAUGAAACUCAAUUGCAAUCACAUUCUUGACUCUGCAACCUUACGAAUUUGGCGACUGAAGGUCUCAUUGGUGAGCUGGCUUUUAAUAGCGAGCCCUAGUCCAGCCCACUCUUCCUGGGGCAAAGAGCACCUGAAACACAGUCCAAGCAAGGGGCUUCCGGAUAUAACGGAGUCUUUACGCACAGACGCCUUAGUCAAAGCGUCACUACUUUUGCUUUUGUUGCUUGCUUAGCACUCUGAUCCAGCACAGUAAGCCCACACAGCUCAGCCUACGGCUCAGUCUAAGGACUGCAAAUAGGCAGCUGGCCACUAGAGGAUCUCUAACUUUUCCUACGAAACUGAGGGCUGAAGUCAAAGAUACAAAAUGGUGGCCUCGUCUUUCGCUGUCCUGAGAGCAAGCAGGUUGUGCCAAUGGGGUUGGAAGAGCUGGACGCAGCUGUCAGGUCCUCCGCCGCUCAGCACCGGUGGCCGGACCACUUUUGCGCGGACAAAUGCUACGCUGAGCCUGGAGCCCGGGAGCCGCAGCUGCUGGGACGAGCCGUUGAGCAUCACCGUGCGCGGCCUGGCCCCCGAGCAGCCCGUCACGCUGCGCGCGGCCCUGCGUGACGAGAAGGGCGCGCUCUUCCGAGCCCACGCGCGCUACCGCGCCGACGCCGGUGGUGAGCUGGACCUGGCGCGCGCUCCCGCGCUGGGCGGCAGCUUCACGGGGCUCGAGCCCAUGGGGCUGAUCUGGGCCAUGGAGCCCGAACGGCCUCUCUGGCGCCUGGUCAAGCGCGACGUGCAGAAGCCUUAUGUGGUGGAGCUGGAGGUGCUGGACGGACACGAGCCCGACGGCGGUCAGCGGCUGGCACAGGCAGUGCACGAGCGUCACUUCAUGGCUCCAGGGGUGCGGCGCGUGCCCGUGCGCGACGGCCGGGUGCGCGCCACGCUCUUCCUGCCCCCAGAACCUGGGCCCUUUCCUGGAAUCAUAGACCUUUUUGGAGUUGGAGGCGGCCUUCUGGAGUACCGGGCGAGUCUGCUGGCUGGGAAGGGUUUUGCCGUCAUGGCUCUGGCUUAUUACAACUACGACGACCUCCCCAAGACCAUGGAAACCAUGCGCAUUGAGUACUUUGAAGAAGCCGUGAACUACCUGCGUGGCCACCCUGAGGUAAAAGGACCAGGAAUUGGGCUGCUUGGGAUUUCCAAAGGGGGUGAACUUGGCCUUGCUAUGGCCUCCUUCCUGAAGGGCAUCACGGCUGCUGUUGUCAUCAAUGGCUCCGUGGCUGCUGUUGGGAACACCGUAUGCUACAAGGAUGAGACUAUACCCCCUGUGUCCCUUCUGAGAGACAAAGUCAAAAUGACCAAAGAUGGUCUCUUGGAUGUCGUGGAAGCUCUGCAAAGCCCUUUGGUAGACAAGAAGAGCUUCAUCCCUGUGGAAAGGUCUGACACGACCUUCCUGUUCCUCGUUGGUCAGGAUGACCACAACUGGAAGAGCGAGUUCUAUGCCAGAGAGGCCUCCAAACGCUUGCAGGCCCACGGGAAAGAGAAGCCCCAGAUCAUCUGCUACCCAGAAGCAGGGCACUAUAUCGAGCCUCCUUACUUCCCACUGUGCAGCGCUGGCAUGCACCUCCUGGUGGGUGCUAACAUCACCUUUGGAGGGGAGCCUAAGCCUCACUCUGUGGCCCAGUUGGAUGCAUGGCAGCAACUCCAGACUUUCUUCCACAAACAGUUGAGUGAAAUGGCUUUCGGGUGACAUAGUCAACAAGGACAUCAACUUUACAAAGCAAACCAACGUUGGGAAAAGAACCUCUUGGUGCGAUGAGCUCUGUCAUGGCGACAUUAGAAGAAAACGAGCAUUUAGUCCAGGAGGCAACAGAGCAGCUGUGGAAGGGAACAGAUUCUAGGUACCCCAUGUUGUGUCAACCUUCAGACCUUUCUGUGAGACCAGGAACUGGAUGUGUGUGAGCAAACGCUCUCAUCCCCACAUAGUUAGGCCACAGCAUCUCCCAGUCAGCUGGUGCUCUUAUGAGCACAGGAGGAACGGAUGUCUUUACCCAUUGCGAGAUUCAUGACUGAGCCUCCAUAACACAAGGCAGGCAGUAAAGAGAAAGCCAUAGAACCCUAUUCAGGUUUAUUAUUUUUAAUCACAUAUGAAUCCAUGUGUGUCUGUGUGGAUGCCCAGAGGCUUGAUGGUUUCAGUUCCCCUGGAGCUAGAGUUACAGGUAGUUGUGAGUCACCCAACAUGGGUGCUGGGAAGCAAACUCUGGUUCUUUGUGGGAGCAGUAUAUACUCUUAAGGGCUGGGCUUUCUCUGCAGCCUCAGUACCAUGUUUAAUAAAAACGUUGCAUGAGGGCUGGAGCCAUGGCUCAGUGGUUAAGAGCACUGACUGCUCUUCCAGUGGUCCCGAGUUCAAAUCCAGCAACCACAUGGUGGCUCACAACCAUCUGUAAUGGGAUCUGGUGUGUCUGAAGACAGCUACAGUGUACUCAUAUACAUAAAAUAAAUAAAUUUUAAAAAAAAAGGCUCCCUUCUUCAAAACAAACAGUUUCAUGAGAUGAUUCAGUGGGAAAUGUGAUUCAGCAGGAAAUGGUACUGGCCACCAAGCCUGACAACCUGAGUUCAAUCCCUGGGCCCAACAUGGUCAAAGGAGAGAACUGAUUCCUGUAACUCCUCCUCUGACCUCCACAUGAGCACCAUAGCACACACCUGUGCCCCAGUAUACAAAUUAAUCAUUUUUUUUUCGGGGCUGGGGAUCAAACCCAGGACCUUGCGCUUCCUAGGCAAGCGCUCUACCACUGAGCCAAAUCCCCAACCCCUCAAAUUAAUCAUUUUUUAAAAAGUUAAAGUGUUGGGGCUGGAGAGAUGGCUCAGCGGUUAAGAGCACUGACUGCUCUUCCAGAGGUCCUGAGUUCAAAUCCCAGCAACCACAUGGUGGCUCACAACCAUCUGAUUUGGAAUCUGAUGGCCUUUCCUGCUGUCUGAAAACAACAAUGUACUCACAUACAUAAGAUAAAUAAGUCUUUAAAAAAAAGUUAAAGUGUUGCAUGGCAUGAGAACCUUCAGACAUUAAGACCCAGGUCUGGAGGGUGGUGCCGUCCAGAGCACACUAAGCAUGAGCCAGAGAUGAGGGCAGACCGUAAGUCGACAGGCGCUCUGCUUCGGGGUCCUGUCCUUACUUCCUGCUCAGUGCUGCUCUGUGGCCUGGUAGGGUCAGCCAAAUAAAUCCUUUCCUCCCUACGUGCUUUUUGGUCACAGCAUUUUUCACAGUGACAAAACUAGAAUAGUAGUUGGCAGAGUCUGGGAAGGUUAGUAGGGGAAGGACGGUAGGGUGGGCUGGUUAUGAAGACAGGAAGUGUAGAUUCUUGGCUUCUGUAGCACAGUAUCUAUUGCAUAGAUGGAUUUGUGUUGCUGUUGCCACAGAUAAUAGUUUUGUUAUUUUAUGUGUUUUGCUUGCAUGCAUGUUUGUGCACCAACUGCAUAUCUGGGUACAUGCAUGGAAAGGGCAGAAAGGGCAUCAGAUGCCCUGGAACUUGGCUUACAGAUGAUUGUAAACUGCUGUGUGUUUGCCAGGAAUUGACCUCUGAUCCCCUCAGAGAGUAGCCACUGUUUUUAACCACUAAGUCAUCUCUAAAGCCCUUAGGGUGGAGAUCAAACCCAGUAUGAGCAAAGCAUAGAAUCUACCAUUAUACCCUUGUGGUGGUUUGAAUAAGAAUGGCCCCAUAGGCUCAUAGAUUUGAAUGCUUAGUCAUCAGGGAGUGGCACUGCUUGAGAAGGAUUAGGAGGUGUGGUCUUUUUGAAGUAGGUGUGGCCUUAUUAGAGGAAUUAUGUCACUGGGGGUGGGCUUUGAGGUUUCAAAAGCCCAAGCCGGAGCCAGUGUCUCCUCUCUUCUUCCUGCUGCCUGCAGAUGCAGGUGUAGAACUCUCAGCUCCUUCUCCAGUACCAUGUCUGCCUGCGUGCCACAAUGUCCCAUGUCAUCAUGACAAUGGACUAAGCCUCUGGAACGAUAAGUAUGCUCCAAUUAAACGCGUUCUUUUUUAAGAAUUGCUGUGUGCUGUCUUUGUACAGCAACAGAACACUGACUAAUACAAUCCCCACACCCUAUUGUGUAUUUCAAAACAGUUACAGGAAGGAUUUUGAAUAUUUUCUCUUUUUUUUUGAAUGGUUCUACAUUUUAUUACUGGGCAAACCACACCCCUAAUUUAAACAUGACCAAGUCCCCAGGUUAAAAAUGUUGAGCUCCAUCUGGCAGGAUUGAUCGAGCACCAUGGUUCAGUGUGAACCCUCAGUCUUGCCAUUGUAUGAAUCCUUAUAGACCCAGCAUUGUUCUCCUCCAGUGUCUUCUCUCAGAAUUGUACCUGACUUUGUUACCAGUUUUCACCAGAAUCCACUGAGGAAUAGCGUGAUUUUGCUUUUGUUUCUUGGUCAGGAAGCUCUUGAUUGUAAGUUCUGUGAGAAGUCCUGAAGAGAAGUCAGGCUGGGGAUCUGGUGCACAACGGCAGAGGCUCCAGGGGAAGAACAGAAUGGAAGGAUUUUGAAUAUUUUCAACACAGAGAAAUGAUAAAUAUUAGCAGUAAUGAAUAUAACAAUUACAGACUUGAACAUUACACACUGUGUAUAUAUGUUUCUCACAAAUAUGCACAGUCAUUAUGUAUCAAAAAGAAUCUAAGUCCACUGGGCACGGUGGUGCAGUCCUUUAAUCCCAACCCUCCAGGCAGAGGCAGGGGGAUCUCUGUUAGUUUGAGACCAGCCUGGUCUACAGAAUGAGUUCUAGGACAGCCAGGGCUAUGUAGAAAGAGCCUGUGUCAAAAAUUAAAAAAAAAAAAAAGAA